ACAAUGCUUUAUAGAGCCUUAAAAGGCAAAAACCUACGAGAACCUUGUAAUGCCUUUUGAGUCUUAGACUCGGAAACCCAUUUGAUGCGCUCACUUGCCACAUGUUUUAUCUUCAUUUCUUUCCUCUUUUUUUUCUAGUUUUUCUCUUGUUUUUUUUUCAUUUAUUUUCUGCAUUUUAGUGCGCCGCGCAUCCAGAGGCUCUGUCGCCUGGAUCCUACGUUUUUUGUCGUUUAAAACAAAAACCCCACGAAUUGUCGACCCACAACCACCAUCCACGCCAACCACCAUCCACGUUGUCGCCGCUGCACCACGCUCAAGUCUACUGCUUGCUGUCGGGCGUCGACUGUUUUCUCUUGAGAUCUACUUGUUACUUAUUAAUAUGGUAGGGACCCGAGGAAAGGGAUCUAGAUCACAAACCAAAGGUAUUCAAUCUGUCCCUGUUGAACCUCUGCCUUUGAAGAAUAGUCUUGAUGAAUCAGCUGAUAUUGCUUCAGAAAGAGAGGGCGAAAAGAAUGAUAUUUCAAACACAAUAAUAGUUCCUUUAGAGGAACAGGUGGAUAAGAUAAUAUCUGAAUCUUUCAGUGAUGGAGCUGAAGAAAAGGAGCAAAAUGCUCUUGAAGUGAAUGAUAUUGAGAAAGAUAUUUCGACUGAGAUGAAUGUUGAUAGAACUGAAGAAAAGGGGCAAAAUACUCUUGAAGUCAGAGAAGUUGGUGAUCAAGGUCACUCGGCCACUGGCUGCUAUAAAGACAAGGAAGGAUUAACAAAUGAGAAGAAGCUAGAGCAAGAUGAAGCACCAUCGAAAGGGCUUGACAUUAAUAGCUCUAGUAUUGGGGAUGACAUGAAGAUGAUUGCAGAAGAUCAGUCUGCCUAUAGCAAAAGUUUGGUUUCUUCUGAUCCUGGAGCAAUGGAGAACAUGACAGAGACAGAAAUUCAUGAAGAACCAAGUAAACUUGAUGCAAAGGAGCUAGUAGGCAUGCCUUCAAACCGGGAGGAAGAAUGUACAAAAGAAAAUGUAAACAUUACUGAUGACAUCAAGGAUGUUACUGGGAUCAAUAGACCCAAGAGAAAAGUAAUCAAGAAAAAGUUGGUUAAGAAGACUGUAAACAAGGAAAUCCCACAACCUUCCACAGCCACUAGCAGUUUUGAAGAUAAUGAAGGAUUAACUAAUGAGAAGAAGCCAGAAGAAGAUGAAGCACCAUUGGAAGGACUUGACAAAAAUAAUGCUAGGACUGGAGAUGAAAAGCAGUUGAUCACAGAAGAUUUGUCUACAUGCAACAAAAAUUUGGUUUCUUCUGAUCCUGGAGUGAUGGAAAACAUGACAGAGGCUAUGGAAGUUCAUGAAGAACCAAGUAAACUUGAUGCAAAUGAGCUAGUAAGCAUGCCUUCAAAGCGGGAGGAAGAAUGUACUAAAGAAAAUGUAAGCAUUGCUGAUGACAUCAAGGAUGUUACUGAGAAGGUCAAUAGACCCAAGAGAAAAGUAAUUAAGAAAAAGUUGGUUAAGAAGAAGAUGUUGAAGAUGCAAGCUGCAACUGUAAACAAGAAAAUUCCACAACCUUCUUCCACAGCCUCUGGCAGUUUUGAAGUUAAUGAAGGAUUAACUAAUGAGAAGAAGCUAGAAGAUGAUGAAGCACCAUUGGAAGGGCUUGACAAAAAUAAUGCUAGAACUGGAGAUGAAAUGCAGAUGAUUGCAGAAGAUUUGUCUACUUGCAACAAAAAAUUGGUUUCUUCUGAUCCUGGAGUAAUGGAAAAAAUGACAGAGGCUAUGGAAAUUCAUGAAGAACCUAGUAAACUUGAUGCAGAUGAGUUAAUAGGCAUGCCUUCAGAGAGGAAGAAAAAUUUUAUAGAAGAAAACGCAAGCAUUACUGAUGAUAUCAGGGAUGUAACCAAGAAGGACAAUAGACCCAAGAGAAAAGUAAUUAAGAAAAAGUUAGUUAAGAAGAUGGUGCGGAAACAACCUGCUAUUGUUAACAAGGAAAUCCCACAACCUUCAGAAAAGAACAAUACACCUAAAGAAUCAUUGAAAGUGGACACCAACGAGCAUGUAAAUAACGAAAAAACGACAUCUGAUGUGUAUACCACCUUAGCUGAAGAAUGCAAAGAUGAUAAUGACCAUGAGAAGGGUCCAGAGAAGGCUAAGGUGAAAACUCCUGUAAAAAUCAAUAAGAAACCUAACAUAAUCAGAAAAAAGAAGGCUCUUCAAAGUCAUUCAGGUGUAGCAACUGUGAAAAGUACUGAAAAGCCUCAAUCAGGGAAUGAAGAAUUGGCAAGUGUUGAAAUUAAUAAGCUGGAGCUAGAAAAUGAAGUGGUGGACAAAUCUGGGGAUAAGGUGAGCCCCUUGGAAGGGAGUAAAAAGAAAAACAUGGUUAAAAUGGGCUCGCAGGAGAAGGUUGCCAAAGAUGCAAACAAGUCCAACCCAUCCAAGGAGGGAAAAUCAUCUAAGAAAAUUGAUAGCAUGGGGAUGAUAUUCAUGUGCAGUUCAGACACGAAAAAGGAUUGUUAUCGAUACAAAGUUUUAGGGCUACCAGCUGGAAAAAAAGAGAAUGUUCUAAAAAUUUACAAGGGCAUGAGACUUUUUUUGUUUGAUGUUGACCUAAGAAUGAUGUAUGGAAUCUACAAGGCUGCUGGCCCUGGGGGUUACAAUAUUGAACCCAGGGCAUUUAAGUCACAAUUUCCUUCUCAGGUUCGUUUUUCUGUCCUUGAAGAUUGCGUGCCAUUAGCAGAGGAAAAGUUCAAAAAAGUUCUCAAGGAUAAUUACUACACAAAAAACAAGUUCGAUUUCCAGCUGAACAGCGAGCAGGUUAAGAACUUGUGUAAGCUUUUCCAUGAGACCAGUAAGAAAGCUAAAUCCACUAAAACAGCUGGCAGGAGCCAAAGAACACCUGUCACCAAUUCGUCUGAAAAAGCAGCAAAUGCAAGCCGAAAAGCAGCUGCCUUGCAAGCGGCAAGCACGAGCCGAAGUGCAGCUGUUUCAAAUUCAUCAGCACAUCGUGACAGGAAAAGGAAAAGGGUAGAGGAUAGCUCUAUAGGAGCAGCCAGACAUUUACAACGGGAAAGAAGCCGGAGAGUCGCCAGGGAAGAAAUAAGGCGUGCUCCUUUGCUUGUAGCUGACCGGGAAGAAAUAAGGCAUGCUCCUUUGGCCAGAGCUGACAGAGAAAUAAUAAGGCGUACUCCUUUGGUUGUAGCUGACAGGUAUUACGAACAUGACAGGGAAGAAAUAAGGCGUGCUCCUUUGGUCGUAGCUGACAGGGAAGAAAUGAGGCGUGUUCCUAUGGUUGUAACUGACAGGUAUUACGAACGUCCUGUUUAUGAGAGAGAAUCCUACCCACCAGCUGUGGCUCCAGCACCUUUAUAUCAGUCUUUACCAGCAUACACCACUACAUAUUCCUAUGAUAGAGUUUCUGAAGUUGAUGAUCCUUAUAGAAGGAAUACAGUCAUAGAUCAUCGUGAUUUGAUCCCUUCUUCUCGGGAGUCAAGACUUCCAAUUGAACAGGACUCCUACUCGCUUAGAGAACCCGCUCAAGUGUAUAGCGGCUUGACAUAUAGAACUAGUGGAAGGCGAGAGAAUUACGAUUAUACUUCUGAUAGACGGUACACUGAGUAUCACCGAGCUGCUGAAAGUCGUCCUCCCUUGCCUUUGUAUCGUAGGUAUUGAUUCUACAGAGCAAAAAUCUAACUGUCUUUUAAUGGUUUGUCGUUGUAGGUUUACAUGGCAAAAGACAUGUUAAUGGCCAUUGUGCACUUCGAUGUUAUGUAACGAGAUAUUUGGUCCUUUUCUCCAUCAGUGUGUAUGACUAAUCUUUUCUUCAUUUACUGUUUUUAGUGUAUGAGAAAAACUCUAUAAUGUAUUCUUUUCUAUGUGGUCAUUAACGACUGCUAAUAACAAUUAUCUUGCUGACCCGUAAA